GGAAAAAUAAAAAUCCCAAAUAGCAAAAGAUCACCAGAGAGUUGUACAAAGCAUGACCGCUCUGUGAAUGUGCUAGUAAAGUAAACUAUUUCGAUUAGUUAGUUGUAGUUAGUUGAUAUAAACUAGAGCUGAACAUUUGUCAGUGUUAUAUAACAAAGUGUUUUUAGCUUAAAUGUGCAGUGUUGUCGUGUGUUGAAUGGUAUAUAGGGGACAUGGAUACCAUGCGUUUUUGAACAACAUGGUUACACUCCAUAUUGUUCAUAGAAUCGUUAAAUAUUGGUAAUUGUGCAUGUGUUGGAUCGUUUUGAGCGAAGAAACACAAGUAUGGAUAAACAUGUCAAAACAUCGUCAAAUAACCCGCGAUUGGGGGAUGACAUUGGUAAUAAUAAGGAUGUCGGACCUUCGUACGCACAUGCUGUUUCGAAAACCCAGUCGGUUUCGAAUGUAAACACGAACGUUGUCCAAAAGGAGAACGUCGUUCAGAAGGAAAACGUUCCCGAAUGUGCGCUGCCUGCGAAGGCCAAAACGCACGCGAACAAAAAGCACCAAGCGGCAGCCCAGGCUACGGAAAAGCCCCAACCUUCCGAAACAACCUCAAACGAGACCGUCGACGAUGACAGUUCCUUCACUCCAGUGGUAAGCCACAGUCGUAAGGAGAGGAAAACUGAAAAGCACAAACGCGAGAAAAAACCCAAUGUCAAUGGUUUCCACGAAAAACCUGACAAGCAUGAUCGGCAUGAGAAAAAGGAGAAGGAACCCUUGAAGGAGGUUUCGCAGGAGGAGAGCUCCUCCGACAAGCAGAAAGUGUUUGUGGCUGCUCCGAUACCCAAGGUGAAUCCGUGGCAGGUGAAAAACGCCAAAGAAGCUCUACCCGAAGUUAAGCCUGUCGUAAUGCAGAAGAAACCAAUGCCAUUGCCCAUCACCAAUGGACCCAUAAAAGUUCCCAAAGACAAAAAACGAGUAAAUCAGAAGGCUAGUGAUUUUAGUGAUAUAUUGGAUUGGCCCACAUUAGGCGAUCAUUCUGAGCAGCCGUCGUCGAGACGGUCUCACAGUCCGGUGAGCGCGACAUCGAAGUCAGAUAAGCCGCAAGCGUCGACGUCGAUUCAGGAGCAGCAAGAGCAAGAGAGCGACAAGGACAAGAAGAAGAACGCUAAGCAACGAUGGGUGCCGCUCGAGAUCGAUCUGAAGGCGAACAAGGCCGAUCAUCAACGAAGGCGGAACGAUCGCAACCACGACGCCCAAUCGACGGUCAGCGAGGGCGACCGCGACUGGAGAUCGGAGUCCAUGAGCGCGCCCAGCUAUCAUCAAAACGGAAGAAACAGUCACACGAGGCCUGCUUCGGCUGCGCCGAGAGGUCGCGGUAGAACCAGGGGCGCACGGAGAGGCACUUUCCCGAGGGGGCCCAGAACUCCUAACGGUAUCGACGGGGAACUACCGGAUUUCUCGCAGCUCGCCAAAUUCCCUCCAACCUUGGACAACCAGAAGUUCGUCUUACCGUACAUGGGCACUUACUACUUUAACUCAAACAAUUACUUGAAUCUUGAUGGACCGACCUUAAAAGAGUACAUCAGGAACCAAAUUGAAUACUACUUCAGCGACGAUAAUUUGUCGAGGGACUUCUUCUUGAGAAGGAAGAUGGACCCUGCGGGUUACUUACCAAUAACGCUGAUCGCCUCGUUCCACCGCGUGCAAGCACUCACAAGCAACAUAUCGCUGAUAGUUGAAGCGAUCAGUACUUCGGAUAAGAUCGAGCUGACGCCGUGCUUCAGGGUGCGCGCGAAGCACGAUCCGACCAAGUGGCCGAUCUCCGACAAGAACGGCGUCAAAGAGCAGGAAAUCAUAUCGCACAUGGUCCCUCCGCCGCCGUUGCCGAAAAAGUUGCGCGAUCAAGCGAUGGAGAACUUGAAUCCCGACGUGGCCGAGUUCGUGCCGCUCGAAAUCGAUCACAACAAGAACAACAACAUCAAACAGAACGCUAACGGCGAUUCGAAGAACGCGACGGAAGAAAACUGGCGCGAGGUGAAGCGAAAGAACAAGGAGAACAAAAGCAAGAAGGACGAUCGAAAGAAGGAGCAAAGUUUCGAACGCGAGGAGCUGGAUUUUCACUUUGACGAGGAGCUGGAAGAAGUGCCGACUGGCAGGCAGAACACGUUCUCGAACGAUUGGCUCGAGGACGACUCGGACGAGCUAAGCGACAAGGACAUCAACAAGCUGUUGAUCGUCACGCAAGCGCCGUCGUUCCGCGUGCCGAAGCACGAGGGCUACGAUCGCACAGGCGACUGGUCGACGCGCGUCAAGAUCACGCAGGACCUCGAGCAGGCCAUCAACGACGGUCUCUCGUACUACGAGGAGGACCUGUGGGUGCAGUCGGACGAUCCGCGCGCCUCUUGCGGCAGCUACAAAACCGUGCAGAUCAUCAGCCAGGAGGACUUUCAGAAGAUCGCGCCGCCAGCUCCUCGCAAGCAGAAUCCGGAGGUGCCGCCGCCGCCGCCGCCGCUGGUCGAAAAAGCGCAGCACGACGGCAGAGAUCAGCCGUCGGGCAGCAGGAGCAGGAGGAACCAGAACAGAGGGCACCGGAACGUGCACAGGUUCUACGCGGUCGUCAAGGACGAGCAAGAGCCGGACCCGACGACGCCCAGGAAGCGCAAAACGCGCCACUCGAGCAACCCGCCGGUCGAGCAGCACGUCGGAUGGAUUAUGGACGUCAGAGAGCAUCGAAUGCGUACAAGCUCCGCGAGUAGUAGCUAUGGUACUAGUCCUAUUGAGAAUCAUUUAGGCACAAGCUAUGGUAGUGUACCCCAAGCAUUGCCUACGUUCCAACACCCCUCGCAUUCUCUACUUAAAGAGAAUAACUUCACACAGCAGGCUUACCAUAAGUUCAGACAAAAGUGUUUAAAAGAGAGGAAACGUUUCGGCAUCGGUCAGUCGAACGAGAUGAACACGCUGUUCCGCUUCUGGUCGUUCUUCUUGCGCGAGAACUUCAACCGCACAAUGUACAACGAGUUCAAAACGCUGGCGCUAGAGGACGCAGCGAUCGGUUACCGCUACGGGCUCGAGUGCCUGUUCCGUUUCUACUCCUACGGUUUGGAGGUGAAGUUCCGUCCUCAGCUCUACGACGACUUCCAAGAGGAGACGAUCAAGGACUACGAGAACGGCCAGCUCUACGGCAUCGAGAAGUUCUGGGCGUUCCAGAAGUACUACAAGUUCGCCAGCAAUCUGCAAGUCGGCGCGACGCUCAAGCAAUACCUGUCGAAAUUCAAGACCAUCGAGGACUUCAGAGUCGUUGAGCCGCGCAUCAACGAAAUGCUUAACCAAAACGGACGCAACAGCUACACCAAGAAGCGCAAUCGCAGUUAUUCAGAGAGCCAGACGGCUGGAAACCACGAUGAACACAACCCCAGACGAGCUUCAUCGUCGAACACAAAGAAUCCCCACCAUCACAGAUUCUCCGAUACCCCGCAGCCGGGUACAAGCGCGCCGGCUGGUACCGGUUUCAAGUACGCGUCAGCCGCAUACCAAUCGAGAUCUCGCACUCAAUCGUUCACGUCCGGAAAAUCGAAAACCAAUCAGCAGCAGCAGCGUCAAAGAACCGAUUCGUGGAGAUCGAAGCCGGCCGAAGCUCCAUCAUCGUCCAACCAACAGCCAGCCGGCAAGUCUGAAGUAGCAUCUGGAUCGGCGGUUUAAAUCCACUUUAAUUCCACUUUAUGUGUUCUAAUCUUAAAAGUGAAGCUGAAUAAGCUUUCUACGGCAGACUGAACUCUUUGUUUUUUUUCAUUUUUAAAAGUUAGACCCUCUGUUUGAAAUCAUCUUUUCUCUCGCAUAAAAAAGGGAAAGCGUGAUUGUAUAAAAGAAGAAAAUUGUAUUGUAUAAAAUUUGUAAGUAGUUGCAGUUGGUUGUUAUAUAUUCGGUGCCAUUGCCUUAAAUAUUUACAUAGUUUUCAUAUUUUUCUAGUAAAUGUAUGAAUAGUGACAUUCAGGAAUAAAUGCAAAAAAAUGUUUACGCUGCAGACCGUAUCGGUUUGCAGACUUUUUUUUUGUUAGUCAUGACUAAUUUGCCAAGUUUGUUUUAACAUCAUUUUUUUGUGUUGGUUUAAAGAAAAUUCUUUGUAAAUAAAAAAAUCGCUCACUAUCAUAAUACUCGCAUAUAUCAACAGGCUGUUUUUUUUUUGCUUUGGCAUCAUAUUUUUUCUUAGUUUUUAAUUAGUUUUUAUGUUGGUUGAUUGUUAAUGAAGGAAUUCAAUGCCGCUUGCACAUACUGCACUGAGGUGUGAAUUUUUUGCUAAGACAAUUUUCCAAUUAACGAAUUGUUGUUUAAUUUUAGGGAUAGUGAAUUUGACAUAAUAAUUUUUAACUGUUAACUACUACCAUUGAGUUUUUACACUUUGAUUGAAGGUUCACUAAAAUUUCGAGCUAUCAUUUUUAUUUCUUAUAUCUAGGGAAUUCAUUAUUUUUGUUUUGAAAAGCAGCAUGGGCAUUGCGCCGAUUUUGUUUUUUGUGUUUUAAUGUAAAUAUUACUAAGUGAUCAUUACUUUUUAAGUAUUUCCUAAUAACUACUAUUGCUACUGAAUGUGACUAGUCACUUUAAAAACCUGACAGGGACAUAAAAGAAAAUAAAAAACUUAAUAAAUAGUUGCUUAAGGUUUUAGUUUGAUCUGAGUAUAUAAAUUCAAUGUUAUUAUAUAUUUAAGCAUUUAUCUAUUGGGUUUAAUGGAAUAUUUGUUAAUUCCGAAGCCGGGUUGAUUCCUUCAUACACUCUGUAUAUUACUUAGUUUUUUUAAUUGUCCUGAUAUUUCGAGUAGAGCACCAGUAGUGGGCAAAAUGUUAUAUUUUAGGAUAUUAUGUCUAAAUAGUGUAUGUCCUAAAGUUAUUAACGUAUUCUUUUAACUCAGUCAGUUUUGUGUUAUUUUUCGAUGAGGACAUUCUAUUUGACUUCUAAACAAGUUUUAUAAUUUUACUAUGCAAAUUUUUCAAACAGUUAUAGGACAUAGCAAGGAGUUACUAGGAAUAAUAAAUAAUACAGUGUUUUAUCAAAACAUACUUACGGCAUAACUACUUAAUUGUAACCACUUAAUCAAAAUAAUGCUUUCAUUGAAAUUUCUACAUUUUUUUAGAGUUGUGUUGUGAGUAUGUUUGGCUAACGCACCCUGUACAUAGGUGUGUUCAUCAUUUUAAAUUAACCAGUUUUUUACCUAAUGACAGUUAAAAUAUCGUGCAAACACUUUCGUUUAAAGUCAUUAGAUAAAGGACCCAAAAAAUUGUGAUAAUGAGUGGUUUUUUCUUACUUUUGCUCAACUCCUUGCAUUUAUUGGUUAUAUAUAAAACAUAAUAUAAGUUAGUUCUAAAUAAUGUGUGUUCUGGAAGUUUGUGGGCUGGACUGCUAAAUGUCUUCCAUAUCACAAAAAAAAAUAAUAAAAUACUAAAAUGACACUUUAUUUUUAUCUUUA